UGCAAGGUUCAAACACUUUACAGUAGUACACAGUCUCGCUUCUAAUUUUCACUCCAAGCCAGAGCACAUUAACCUCUUGAUCUCUUCCUUGAGGACCCUAAGUUCUGUCUCUAUAUUAUUUAGCAUUUCUUGGUCACUUUAAAAUCUGAUACAUACAUGGAAACUCCAAGAUCACCCCUGCUGCAAACUCCAAGAUCUCCCCUUCAGCCUCCAACUUACGGAAACUUAAUCACCAUUCUUAGCAUCGAUGGUGGUGGAAUAAGAGGAAUCAUACCAGGAACAAUCCUUGGCUUUUUAGAGUCUGAGCUUCAGAAAUUGGAUGGAGAGGAUGCAAGAUUGGCAGACUAUUUUGAUGUGAUCGCAGGAACUAGCACUGGUGGCCUCGUGACUGCUAUGCUCACCGCACCAAAUGAGAAAAAUCGACCUUUGUUUGCUGCCAAGGACAUCACAGAUUUCUAUCUAGAGCAUUGCCCUAAAAUCUUCCACCAAGACGGUUCCCCCUUUGCUCCUGUGGCCAAUCUGGUCCGGGCACUGACAGGACCCAAGUACGAUGGCAAAUAUUUACACCAAAUUGUGAAGGAAAAGUUAGGAGAUAUAAGACUCGACCAGACAUUGACAAAUGUUGUCAUCCCAACGUUUGAUAUCAAGCACCUCCAACCAACUGUCUUCUCCACCUAUGAGGUGAAGAAAAACCCAUCCAUUAAUGCCCUUCUCUCCGAUAUAUGCAUUGCAACUUCAGCUGCCCCAACUUAUCUCCCAGCCCACCGUUUCGAAACCAAGGAUUCCACAGGCGAAGUGAGGGAAUUCCAUCUCAUUGAUGGCGGCGUGGCUGCUAAUAAUCCGGCUUUGCUGGCUAUGAAUGCUGUAAUGAAAGAAAUUAAAAGCGAUAACUCAGACUUCUUAUUGCCCAUGAAGCCAACAGACUAUAAUCGAUUUCUGGUGUUAUCCUUGGGGACGGGUUCACCAAAGCAUGAAGAAAAAUAUCGUGCUGAUGAUGCAGCUAAGUGGGGUUUGUUGGGAUGGUUAAACAGCGAACACUCCACUCCCUUGGUGGAUAUUUUUAUGCAAGCCAGCAGCGACAUGGUUGAUUUUCACAUUUCCACCGUUUUUAAGGCUCUCGAACACUCCGAAGAUAAUUACAUACGAAUUCAGGACGAUACACUAAGUGGAAACCUCUCUUCUGUGGAUAUUGCCACUGAAGAAAACUUAAAGAAUCUUGUAAAAGUGGGUGAGGAGCUGCUCAAAAAACGAGUUGCCAGGGUGAACUUGGACACCGGUGCCUUCGAGCCUGCUUACGAGGCUACAAACGAAGAGGCUCUCAAGAAGUUGGCUAACAUUCUCUCCGAAGAGAAGCAGCUUCGUGAAGGUAGAUCAGCACAAGGACAAGUUGAUGCUCCUAAAUGAAGAUACAGAAUUGAUUAAUUUCCGUCUGCUAAUAAUAAAAAAGAGUUGAAUAAAUUUCUUGUGAAAAGCUCUAUUGUGGAGCAUAUUCUUCUAAUGAAACCAUAUCGCACGUGGUAGGAUCCUAAUGUAAUUCUCUUAUUUAUUUAUUUUUAUUCAUUUGACAAUGUAAUUCAUUUAUUUGUUGACAUUAAGUUUCAUCUAUAAUUUCAUUUUUUUUUUAUUUUCUGAA